CUGACGUCGAGUCAACCGGAGACGGAAACAUCUAGGUACGUAGCAGAGGCUAGCAGCCAGCAGAGCCGAGCAGGAGUCACUGAGGGAGGCUUUUCAUCGCCAUUCUAACACUGAGAGGAACUAUUUCCACCCACUAAGACAUUGAUGUCAUAUUGUGGAACCCAAAACGGCGGUCGCCGCAGCAAAUGGGACCAGCCCGGGCCCGGCUCCGGCUCCGGCUCCGGUGGGAUGAGGGAGGCGGAAGCUGCACCCACGGGGGCUCUGGAUGCUGCAGCCGCGGUGGCCGCCAAGAUCAACGCAAUGCUGGUGGCCAAGGGCAAGCUCAAACCCUCGCAGAUCGGCGUCCCGGGACCCCCGGACAAGGUCGUAUGCCUUGGGAAGCCUCCAGCGCUGGCAAAGGCCAAAGAUGACCUGGUGGUAGCCGAGGUGGAGAUCAACGACGUGCCGAUCACCUGUCGCAAUCUUUUGACGCGGGGGCAAACGCAGGAUGAGAUCAGCAAAGUGAGCGGUGCUGCGGUUUCGACCAGAGGGCGAUACAUGGCGUCGGAGGAGAAGGGGAAAGCGCUUCCAGGGGACCGACCUCUGUAUCUGCAUGUCCAAGGACAGACCAGAGAGCUUGUCGACAGGGCGGUUAAUAGAAUCAAGGAGAUCAUAACCAACGGUGUGGUGAAAGCUGCGACGGCCUCAUCACCUUUCUCCCCUGGCGGUGCCUCAGUCACAGUUUACCAGCAGCAUAACCCCCCUCCUCCCUCACUGCCCCCCAUGGCCCACCACAGACCACACUUUCAGUCCGGAAUGCAUUAUGUUCAAGAUAAGAUCUUUGUGGGGCUGGAGCACGCUAUCCUGGGGUUUGUCGUCAAAGAGCGGGUCGAGGGCCCCGGCUGCUCAUACCUGCAGCACAUUCAGGCCGAGACCGGGGCCAAAGUCUUCCUCAGAGGAAAAGGAUCCGGCUGUUUAGAGCCGGCCUCUGGAAGAGAGGCCUUUGAACCCAUGUACAUUUACAUCAGUCACCCUAAACCAGAAGGACUUGCAGCGGCAAAAAUCUUAUGCGAGAACCUGCUUCAGACAGUCCAUGCGGAGUAUUCUCGCUUCCUCAACCAAAUGAGCUCAAUGAUGCCCACACAACAAGGCUUCGCGCUGCCCCCCGUGGUGAACGGCAUGCCGCCGCCCCCGCCGCAGCCGCCGCAGCCUCCUUACUACCCGCCUGUCGGCUACCAGCCGGGCUACGCGUUGCCCGUCCCGCCGCCUCAGCCGCAACCCGUCUCCCUGCCGUACAGCGUCCCGCCUCCCAUCCAUCCCACGGUACCCGUAGGUGUGCUUCCCCAAUAUUCCCUCCCCCCCGCCCCCGCUCACAACCUCGCUCCGACGCCAGCUCCCGCCCCUCCUUCAGGCACGAUGCCCCAGCCUCUUCCCCCUGUACCUUUUCCUUCAUCAGCUGCAGCUCCCCCGAAAGCGCCAACUCCUGCCGCCGCAGUCGUACCUCCACAGAAAAGACGCUUCACAGAGGAGGUGCCAGACGAGAGGAACAGCGGCCUGCUGGGAUACCAGCAUGGACCCAUUCAUAUGACUAAUUUAGGUGCAGGCUUCCCAGUGGGCAGCCCAGAGGCUACAGGACCCCCUCCACAGAGUUCCUCUGGCCCGCCGAGUGAGAGGGACAGUUUCUCCAGUAGGCAGCUGAUGCCGCCGCCUCUGCUGCCUGCGAACGGAGUGAGACCCAAGAUGGAGGAGAGAAGGGCAACGCAAGGCCCCGUGGAGCCCUCACUGAAGAGAUUGAAAACGGGUUUGGUGGCGUACACCGGCGACUCCUCCGACGAAGAGGAAGACCACUCGGCCUCCAAAGCCUCAGGGCCAGGUAACCCUGGGGCGGUUCCCCCCACCUCCAGCUCCUCGGGCUGGACACAGGGCUUUCGCUGCCCUCCUCCACUCCCCUCCCGUGCUAAAACACAGCCACAGGCGCAGCCCAUGCCCUUCUGGAUGGCACCGUAAAGCAGGAAAAACAAAAAAAUCCAAACUCCCUCAGUGCUGUGAGAUGUUCUCCCAAACGGAGUCUGCGUUUCUCCAUCACUCAUCACAUGGAUGACUCUGAACAGCAUCAUCUCAGUGCUUCGUUUCAAAAGGACAUGCUCACGUUUUCUUUUGGUGCACACAUUAGUUUGAAGAUGAACAUUUGCAGGACUGACUCUCGAGCUAUUUUGUGGAUUUGUGAAUGGUGAAAUGAGCAACUUUCUGCCUCCAGUUUUAUUUGGAAAGGAUUGAAAAUAAAUGCCAGGUGAAGUGUUUGAAUAUUGUGUUGUUGAAAAAACAAUAUCACAAGUCAGUGAUCACUGACCGAAUUUUGAUUAAGGCCCUACUACAGCGUUUGUCCCCUUUCCGAUAAUCUUUUUGUACAGAUCAUCCCCUACUAACAUGUAGUUAACCUACUGGAGCCAUUCAUGCUUUUAUCAAUUAAAUAAACUUAAUUUAUUGAAGUGUUUAA